AUGAUUGACUAUUGGAUGUGGGAUCAGAUGGGACGUGGAAACCACCCUCUUGAUGUGAUCAUUGAUCAAAUGGGAGGUCCCGACAGUGUGGCAGAGAUGACAGGAAGACGAGGAAGAGUGGUUCGUAGAUGUCACACACUGACCCCAUCUUAUGAGCUACGAGACUCUGACUCUAAUGGCGGAAUGGACAGUCUAAAUGUUAGAGAGAGAAAUGCAUUCAUGGAAGGAAGGAAAUUAGUGGCCAUUAUUUCAGAUGCUGCUAGCACAGGAAUUUCUCUUCAUGCUGACCUGAGAGCAGCCAAUCAGCGCCGCAGAAUCCAUUUAACUGUGGAGCUUCCAUGGAGCGCAGACAAGGCGGUGCAGCAGUUAGGGAGGUCACACAGGUCAAAUCAGAGUAGUGGACCUCUCUAUAAACUACUUACAACAAAUCUGGGUGGGGAGCGACGCUUUGCUGCAGCUGUAGCCAGGAGGUUACAGUCAUUAGGCGCUCUAACCAAGGGAGACAGGCGGGCUGCCACUGGAGCUGACCUGACAGAGUUUAACUUUGACACACCCUAUGGGAGAGGAGCGCUACGUGCAAUGUACCAUGCAAUAUCUACAAGACAACUAGUCCAAGGGGUUUCCCUGUCAAAAGUAACCCAGGAAAAUUUUGACUUUGCUCAAUUUAAUGCAAUAAUGCAAGAGAGUCUCGUUCUCAUGGGAAUGGUGGAUGCAGAUGCCAUUCGAGCAGGAAUUCCAGUAAAAGAGAAAGAGGCUGGUGAUGUUGGAAGAUUUCUGAAUAGAAUUCUAGGACUGGCUGUCCAGAAACAGAACCUGGCUUUCAGUUAUUUCACAGAAAGUCUGGAGACGGCCAUCAAUAGUGCAAAGAAGGAAGGCAGGUACAAUGAGGGGCUGCUUGACAUCACAGCAGCCUCCGUGCAGAUAGUCGGGGAACCCCGGCAGGUUUUUAAGGAAGUCAACACAGGAACUUGUACAACAAAACAUGUUGUACUGAGUGUUGACAGAGGGAUGAGCUGGGAACGAGCCAAAACCAGAGCUGAACACCAUUCUGGUCCACACGACGGCUUUUACGCCUCAAAGAGAGAGACCAGAGGAAAGAAAUUGUAUAUUUUAGCCACACAGAAAGAUACAUCAACUCAUCUCUUCAAAGUUGCCAGACCCAAUACUGGUGUGUCAUAUUUUGAUGAAGAGAAAGCUGAACUUUUUGCCAAAUAUGUCCCCAUUAGCAAGGAAACUGCAGAGAAGCACUGGAAGGAACAGUAUGCCCAUGCUGAGUCACGGUGUAUACAUGGACCUCAUUGCAAGAAUGGACCAACUUGUUCAGUGGGCAGCAGGUGCUAUAAACUUCACCUGUUGUGUGGUGGAAUUGUCACACUGAUGUCACACCUGGAGACAGUGUUGACAAGAAAUGCUGCUUCUUUUCACCUUAGUAAGGUGGAGUCCUCAAUACGUGUUGUGAGAGUGGAGUUGGAUGAUGGGGAACGUGUUGUUGGUAUUCGUUACCCAGAACUCCUCAUUCCAAUGGCGGAGAGAAUGUUGCAGGAGCAGAAAUUGGUGGAGACCUUGUCCCAGUCUCAGCUUUCUGUCGUCAAUGGUCAGGUUAUGAGAAUUUCAAAUACAACUCCUCCCACAAUUAAUCACUCCACUGUAGAACCAGCGACACUUGUAAACCAGAAAUCCUUAGCAAGAGCCUUGAAACCACCUGUGACAAUCAGAAAUUUCUUCCAAUCAGUAACGAAAACUGAAAGCAAAGCUGAGAGAGGAUUAGUUGCAGAAACAGAAGGGAAGGAGUCAUCAUUUUCAGCUUUGUCUGCUGAAGCUGAUGGUGGCUCAGCAGUAAAUGAAAGUAGUGAAGCUGCAAACUCCAACAAGUUUACUUCAAAUAUCCCCCCUUCCUUUUCUUCAGAUAGAGGGUCAUCAUUUUCUCAAAAUAGAAAAAGAAUUAGCUUGUCGAAUCUCCCCAAUGCAAAGGCUCCAAAAAGACAGAGGCAGAGCAACAUCAUGGCUUCUUUUGCAGCUGUAACCAAGAAAGAGGAGAAUAAGAAAUUCAAAGCAGCAAUGUGCCCUAUAUGUGGGAAAGAAUUUGAGAAGGGACUUUCAAAUCAAGCACUGAAUGAUCACAUAGACAACUGUAUCAUUGAGUGAUUUUUAAAGCAGUGUGAAGGUGCUACAGUAACUAUUAUUUUGUAAAAUAUACGAUGACGUUUUUUAAAAUAAUAUACAACUUGCAUUUCGUGUAUUUUAUAUUCAUUGGAUGCAUCCAGUUUGAAGAACUUCAUUUUAUAAAUCUAGUGUUUUCAAACAAAUAAAAUUAUUAUUCCGACGAAUUGUGUAUGCUUUUGUAGUACAGACCCUCUAUGUGUAUGUAUACAGGUAUAUUGUAUAUUUACUGUCCGUCACGUCUUUUGUAGUAUAGAUCCUGUAUGUGUCUGUACAUAUUGUAUACAUGUAUUUACUGUCCGUCAUGUCUUUUGUAGUGCAGAUCCUGUAUGCAUGUGUCUGUAUAUAUU